UGCACACGCUCAUUGAGGGAACGAUUAUUUGUUUCCCGAAGCUAUUCUGACGAAGUUUAGACAGUUUGAAUAACCUAUUUGCUCCAUUUCCGGUGUAAAUUCCACCGGAAGCGCUCAGGUGCGACACAGGGGAUACGUAUGUUUCAAGUUGGUCCACGUUGGUUUUAAGUAAAAUGUUCGAGGUUUUACGUAUCUGUGGAUAGCACCGGCUUCUUCUGUCGCCUACCUGACGGGCAAAGUGAAAGUUAAUUGUGCCAUCGAAAGAAACUGCACCUGGAUUGUCUGGGGCACACGAUGGCUCUUUGGCGUUUCCUGAUCUGUUUUCUGUCGCUUCUCUGCGGUCUGGUUGGUGGACAAACUACAAAAUAUGGACUGCUGGGGCAGACAGCCAUCUUCAAUACAGGCAUCAAAACACAACCCGAUGAUAUUCUGUGGAAGCAUAAUGGAAACAAAGCAGUGGAGUUUAACGGCCAAGAACAGCAAUCCUUUGGGUCAUUUGAAGGCCGAGUCAGUCUCAACUGGCAUUCUGCAGAUCUGACCAUAAACAACCUCCGAUAUGAAGAUAGUGGAGAUUAUGAGCUGGAAACAUUCACUAACAAUAAAAUGGAUCGCACAUUUUAUAAACUGGAAGUUAUUGACAAAGUGUUCACGCCUGCCAUAUCCUGUAAGAUAAACAACGCAAAAACCGCUGAUCAGUCUGGAGACAAGGCCACUCUGACAUGCUCCUCACCAUCCCGUGAUCCUCAGUCCUUGCUGACGUUUCAGUGGAGCUCAGACGCAAACAUACAUCCUGGUGCAGAGUUAAAUAUAUCACUUAGGGGUGAAGAUGACGAUCAGAUCUACAGGUGCGCUGUUAGCAACCGACUCUCUCAAGAGUCUGCAACGUUUAGUGCUAAGGACUGCUACUCUGAUAAAAAAAGUCAAGCCGGACUGAUUGCUGGGGUUGUCGUUGCCGUUCUAGUACUACUACUACUUAUUGCCCUGGUGGGCUUUUGCAUUGUAAAAAGGAACAAUCCGAAGAAGACAGAUGUGGAAAAUCACUUACCUCAUGACGAAAAUGAGGUACUUCUAGAAGGAGAACCUGCAUUUUUUAAUAACCAGGCUCCUGGCCAGUUAGACCCAGAGCAACGGGGAAGAAAAAUGCACCUUAGAGAAAAUGAUGAAUUCCAGGCUUUAAUGAAUGAGCGUAGAAAAAACAGUGAGCAAAAUGUACACCAAGUGAAAUCUUCUGACAAUGAGAAAAGGAAGGCUCUUCUGCACAGAGACUCUACAAUGCCCUCUAAACAGACUCUUAGCCAUUUACGUCAAAGCGGUGAUGAACCUUAUCCAAACCACGAAGAGAAAAGCAAAAACGAACACAGUGAAAUUUCCUUUUCUUCCCCUGUGCCGGAGAAGCCUCCUCGUACUUUUUCCGAACGUCAUGCAAAAGAAAACGGGAAAUCUUCAGAAGGUGAGCCCAAAGAUGCUGUGGAGGAUGAGCCUUCAGGUUCUGAUUGGAGAGAAGAAAAUGCUGAGUCAUCAGUUGGACAUGAUGACAAAAAACAAGAACCUGCAGAAAACCUGAACAACAAAGAGGACGAUCCUGCAGACUCUGAGGAGACCAACGAGACUUCAACCAAUUCACCUGAUGAAUAUAGUCCAGAGAAACCCAUAAAUCGGUUUCAAAGAGCCCCGUCUGGUCCUCCAGUUGCUCCAAAACCAAAAAUCCAGCCAAAACUCCCCACAGAGCAAAAACUGGGUGACGAGAACAUGCCAGCAAAUGUUAACAAAGAGCAAAGUUUAGAGAAUGAUCCUCCUGACUCUGGGAUAGAAACGGAGGAAUCUGCUGCUGCGUCAGAUAAUCAGAAUGACAAAAAACAAGAACCUGCAGAAAACCUGAACAACAAAGAGGACGAUCCUGCAGACUCUGAGGAGACCAACGAGACUUCAACCAAUUCACCAGAUGAACAUAGUCCAGAGAAACCCAUAAAUCGGUUUCAAAGAGCCCCGUCUGGUCCUCGAGUUGCUCCAAAACCAAAAAUCCUGCCAAAACUCCCCACAGAGCAAAAACUGGGUGACGAGAACAUGCUAGCAAAUGUUAACAAAGAGCAAAGUUUAGAGAAUGAUCCUCCUGGCUCUGGGAUAGAAACGGAGGAAUCUGCUGCUGCGUCAGAUAAUCAGAAUGACAAAAAAGAAGAACCUGCAGAAAACCUGAACAACAAAGAGGACGAUCCUGCAGACUCUGAGGAGACCAACGAGACUUCACCCAAUGAGCCAAAUGAACAUAGUUUAGAGAGCUCUACAAAUAAGGGUAAUGAUCCUCCAGACACUGAGAUAGCACCUGAGGAAUCUGCUGCUGCUACUUCUGAUAAUCAGAAUGACAAAAAACAAGAAUCUGCAGAAAACCUGAACAACAAAGAGGACGAUCCUGCAGACUCUGAGGAGACCAACGAGACUUCACCCAAUGAGCCAAAUGAACAUAGUUUAGAAAGCUCUUCAAAUGAGGGUAAUGAUCCUCCAGACUCUGAGAUGACACCUGAGGAAUCUGCUGCUGCUACUUCUGAUAAUCAGGAUUCGCAAAACAAGAAAGUGGAGAAUGAGUCUGCAAAAGCAACCUCUGAUGAUGAUGUGCAGCCACCGCCUGCGGCCAAUUCCCCCUUGAGCCAAAAGUCUCCAUAGAUUUUCACACAAACAAGGCAUCAGCUCAGAUGAGCCUACAGAAAAAGGUACUGGAGAAUCUGCCUCAUUAUCCUCAGAAGAACCAGAAAUAAAACAGAGCCAAAUUCACCCGUCACCACUUUGGAAAGGGCUGGUUCAGAAUCGGCUGAAGACGAGCACAAGCCCCAUGCAACCACAACUGAAUCAGAAGUGGAGACCCCAUGAAAAACGGACAAACACCAUCCAGACAAUAACAGCGGAUUACACCUCCCACCCACGAAUGGUCUCAAGGCCAACAAAAUCAACACUAGACGGUAAUGCUUUCACUAGACGGUAAGACUUUCCAGAGCUUAUGAAGCAGAUGCAGUCGAAGUGGAAGAAGAAAAGAACAAGGCCAGGCAGAGCAGUAUAAUCUUCUGACGACCAGGAUUAACCAAAGAGCCAAAAAUAUAAAACGAGAGCUUUAAUGAGGAUAAAGAUGGGCAAACUGUUGAAUAGGCCCCCAUUGUUUGCAGCCUCUCAAACAACAUGGCAACGGAGACUGAUUCUAUGAAAAGGAGCAAAAGCCAAAAAAA